GCUGCUGCUGAAGCCAACGCUGCUCGCUCAUGCUAGCCCGUCGACACGGCCCUGUCAGUGUCGUCGCCGUGCCCCCAGCGACGCCGUUGCCCACACGUGCCCACGCCGCUCCCUCGCAGGACCGCCUCCUCUGCGCGGCCACCUCUCUCGCGUAGUCGCCUGGCCCGCCCCACAGCGCAGACGGCCCUCGACACCGCCCGCCGCGUCCGUCUCGAGCCGCCGCUGCCAGUCGUGCUUUGAUCGUCUGCGCGUUGGGCGUCAUGCGAUCCAGAGCACACGCAGCCUGAGCCAGCUACCACAACACCACCACCUCCGCAUCCCAGCCCGCCUGCCGGAUUAUGACAGACGUCUCGUCGGCCAAGGCGCAUGCUGACACUCAGCCGGCUUCCGUCGCCUUCUACGCUGGCCCGCCCGCGCCUGCCUAUCUCAACGGCUCGCCUCCGCUCCAUGGCACGCUCGACGACGACGAGUCGUCCACAAUCAAGUGCAUCUGCGGCUUCUCCGACGACGACGGCAACACCGUCCUGUGCGAGAAGUGCGACACGUGGCAGCACAUUGUAUGCUACUACGAGUCUGCCCACCAUGUACCCGACGUGCACGAGUGUACAGACUGCCUCCCCAGACCUGUCGACUCGAGAAGCGCCUCCGAGAAACAGCGCCUGCGCAGGGAGCAGCUGCAGGCCCUUGGCGAGCGAAAGGGCAGACCCAAGUCGACGACGAAGAACCCCAAGAAGCGAACAAAGGACCCGCUUGGAGCUGUUCAGCCCAAUGGCUGGGCCGCCCACCCCAACAACGACCUGCAAUACAACUCGGAACGGAAAAGCGGUAGCCCGCGAGACCAACCGCCGCCAAACAAACGCCCCAAGACCAGCCAUCGCAGCUCGGGAUCUGUGAGCCAAGCCCCUGCCCUCGCUCCAACGUCGCGCAAACGGGGUAGCUCGCUUGCAGUCAACGGCCACAGUCCCGCCAAGUUUCUCACCAACCUCGACGCUCCCAUAGAAGACUUCUCCUCCGAGUUCAUGCAUCUCUGCCAGCAACCCGACCCCCCAUCGACUACCGGCAACUCGUACACCAGCAUCGCCGUGGCCAACGACAUCGCCACGUGGCUUAAGGAUCCAGAUGCUCUCGCUGAGGUCAGCGGAGGUAAGCGGCCCCAGGACCUUUUCUCACGCAUAGAAGACACCAUCGAAGGCAUUGAAGUAUCGGCGCCUACCAUCUUCAAGCAGACGGAAGACAACCCCAGCAUAGUCGCCCACGGCCUCCAUCCGAAAUGGCACUACCUCACAGUCGAGACGUUCGUUCCCGAAAACGGAUACAUUGGCGAGCUGAAAGGUCUUGUCGGACGCAAAGAGGAUUACUUCUCGGACGCCUCGAACCGGUGGGACCUACUACGACACCCAGAGCCUUUUGUCUUCUUCCAUCCUUACCUACCAAUAUACAUCGACACCCGGCAAGAAGGCAACAUCUUACGAUUCGCAAGAAGAAGUUGUGUCCCCAACAUGGCUAUCAAAAUCCUCAUUGAACCUAGUAACGACUAUCAUUUCUGCUUCCUCCCGACAAGAGGGAUUGACCCUGGCGAAGAGCUCACUGUCGGCUGGGACAUUGACUCUGAAAUCCAGAAGCAAUUGGCCAAGGUUGUCACAAACGGUGCUAAGGAAGGCUUCAAGAGGAUACAGCCAUGGGUGUCUUGCGUCCUCGCUAACUUCGGUGGCUGUGCUUGCGACACCUCAGCAGGUCAUGAGUGCCUCCUCGAACGCGCUCGCCGUACCACCGUUACUGAGUCGGCACUGCAACACAAGGCUAAAGGCAGGAAGUCGAAGAAACUGCAGGUCUCUCCUCUUAGCACAGGCUAUGCCACCAACAGCCGCGCAGGCAGUGAGACGCUGCAUCGCGAUCGCGACGCUGCUGCCGACGACGAAAACAUGGACAGUCGAUCGACUUCCGGCUCACACAAAUCCAGCAGUCGCGACAUCACACCGGCCACCCACUUCUCGCUCGAGGGUGAUUCAAAAAUGUCCAAUCGUGAGAAGAGGAAGCUACAACAGCAGGAAAGCUUGUUCGAGAAACUGGAGAUUGACGAGCAACACAAGAGCAAGAAAGGAAAGAGGAACAGUGCUGGAUCUACUCUCAACACGCCCGGCCUCAUGACUUCCAAGCGCCUUGGAUUUUCAGAACUCUCACCUACUCCUCGUCACCGCGAACACAGUCAUGGCGUGGCGCGCAAGACGUCGGGUAGCUCGACGAAGACGAACGGCCGCAGCGCACCGAAGCCAAAACCUGUCUACCAAGACGCAUCCACACAGACGAAUGACAAUGGCAACGGUGCACACAGUCGUCAUUCUCCUGCCCAGCUGCGGGACAUGAAGCCUCCAAUGUCAUUCAAACGCAAGCUUCUGCAGCAGGCUCGAGAGGACAAGUUGCAACGCGAGCGGAUGCGUUCUACGUCAGUGAAGAUGGAGAUCAAGUCGCCCGCUCUAAAGGAAGUGUCCCCGAAUAAGCCUUCGCCGUUGCCACCAUCACCUCCAAUGGACGAAUCCUCAGCCAUGGAUCUAUCAACCGACUCAACAAGCGAUGCCAGAUCUAGAGAACCUAUUCCAGCCAAGGAACCGACACCCGCACCUGAACCAGACGUCGACAUGAAUGACGCUGAAACAAUUGCUGUGCCACAAGCUGUGGAGCCCAAAGUCGAAGAAAUGGCAGACGCACCGGUCAUGGAAGCUUCAUCCGGGACACCACACCCCCCGAUAAAUCCACCGGCGCCACCAUGGCCAGUAUCACCACCUUCUCAGCAGUCGCCGACAUCUACUGUGAAUUCGCCGAAAAGACAUGUCGAUUUCCAUGUUCAAAUGCCUCCAAAAUUCGACCCUGCUGAUCCAUCUGCCACCACCUAUUCGAUGGCCACUCCCGGAUCCACCACAGCACUUGUUGCAGGGAGUAGCAUUGCGCAGUCUCCGAGCACUUUCACAGCUGCGUCGCCUUUCUCACCUGCCGUCAACAACGCAAUCAAUCCCAUACCAGCGCGCAAGAAACUUAGCUUGAGCGACUAUACCAGCAGGAGGGCGAGGCUUGCGCAGUCUGUCAGCUCUGGUUCGGCACCAUCACUCGCGCAAUCGCAGUCAACAACCUCCCCAACCUUGUCGACAGCGAGCCUGCCUAACAACAACGGUUCACCGCCAGGCAAGAGCAUCGAGCUACAGCUGUCGACAGUCACAGAAGAAUCGAAGCCCAUCCAAUCGACAGCCACUACCUCCACGCCUACGGUAACAUGACGGGUAUGAUUUACAACACCCAGCUCAGUCUUGCUUUGUUCGUUUGGACAUGUGUGGCCGUUUCGAAGGGAGGUAAGGGGCGCAGCGCGACCCUGCUUCAUUCU